AUGUACCGCGCGGCCGCUAGCCUCGCCUCCAAGGUGCGGCAAGCCGGGAGCAGCUCCGCCGCUCGCCAGGUUGGAAGCAGGCUUGCCUGGAGCAGGAACUAUGCUGCCAAGGACAUCAAGUUUGGUGUUGAGGCCCGUGCUCUGAUGUUGAGGGGUGUUGAGGAGUUGGCAGAUGCGGUCAAAGUGACAAUGGGUCCAAAGGGGCGCAAUGUGGUUAUUGAACAAAGCUUUGGUGCACCGAAAGUCACAAAGGAUGGUGUGACUGUUGCGAAGAGCAUUGAAUUUAAGGAUAGAGUAAAGAAUGUUGGUGCAAGCCUUGUGAAACAAGUUGCUAACGCAACUAAUGACACUGCUGGUACCACAUGUGCCACUGUUUUGACAAAAGCAAUAUUUACUGAGGGGUGCAAAUCUGUCGCGGCUGGAAUGAAUGCAAUGGAUUUAAGGCGUGGAAUCUCAAUGGCUGUUGAUGCUGUUGUGACCAAUCUUAAGAGCAUGGCCAGGAUGAUCAGCACUUCAGAAGAAAUUGCACAGGUGGGUACAAUAUCAGCAAAUGGGGAAAGGGAAAUUGGUGAGCUUAUUGCCAAGGCUAUGGAGAAGGUUGGCAAAGAGGGUGUGAUCACUAUUGCGGACGGCAACACCCUUUAUAAUGAGCUGGAAGUUGUGGAGGGUAUGAAACUUGACAGAGGUUACAUCUCUCCGUACUUCAUUACAAACUCAAAAACCCAGAAAUGUGAAUUGGACGACCCAUUGAUCUUAAUUCAUGACAAGAAGGUUACAAAUAUGCACGCUGUGGUGAAGGUUUUAGAAAUGGCUCUAAAGAAACAAAAGCCUCUACUGAUUGUUGCAGAAGAUGUGGAAAGUGAAGCUUUGGGCACUCUCAUUAUUAACAAGCUUCGUGCAGGCAUCAAGGUCUGUGCUGUCAAAGCUCCUGGUUUUGGAGAAAACAGAAAGGCAAACUUACAGGACCUCGCUAUCCUUACUGGAGGAGAGGUAAUAACUGAAGAGCUAGGAAUGAACCUUGAGAAUGUUGAGCCUCACAUGCUGGGUACAUGCAAAAAGGUUACCGUCUCUAAGGAUGACACUGUUAUUCUUGAUGGAGCUGGAGACAAGAAGUCUAUUGAAGAGAGGGCAGAUCAGAUUAGAUCAGCAAUUGAGAAUAGCACUUCAGAUUACGAUAAGGAAAAGCUCCAGGAGCGGUUGGCAAAGCUCUCUGGAGGUGUUGCUGUACUGAAGAUUGGAGGAGCCAGCGAAGCAGAAGUUGGUGAGAAGAAGGAUAGAGUGACAGAUGCACUGAAUGCUACUAAAGCUGCCGUUGAAGAGGGUAUUGUACCAGGUGGUGGUGUUGCUCUUCUCUAUGCAUCGAAGGAGCUUGAUAAAUUGCAGACAGCGAACUUUGAUCAGAAGAUUGGUGUUCAAAUCAUUCAGAAUGCUUUGAAGACACCUGUACACACCAUUGCCUCCAAUGCUGGGGUGGAGGGAGCAGUAGUUGUGGGCAAGCUUUUGGAGCAAGGAAAUACUGACCUGGGUUAUGAUGCUGCUAAAGGCGAAUAUGUUGACAUGGUGAAAGCUGGUAUCAUUGACCCACUAAAGGUGAUCAGAACUGCUUUGGUGGAUGCUGCUAGUGUGUCGUCCCUGAUGACCACCACGGAAUCCAUAAUUGUAGAGAUCCCCAAGGAAGAGGCACCGGCUCCAGCAAUGGGUGGCAUGGGUGGAAUGGACUACUAA